AUGGGUAUUCCGGUUUGUUGUAUUUCAGCUUUAACCAACCGGAUAUCCCAUGUAUGGGUAUUCCGGUUUGUUAAAUUUCAAGUUUUCCCAACCGGAUAUCCCCUUUGUGGGUAUUCCGGUGUGGAUCCUCCUUUGAAGAAAUGCGAUGUUACUCAAACAUGUGUGGAUACAACUGAUGUUUUUGAAACUGGUCAAAAAUUUGCUACAAGAGAAGAGGCGAUAAGUUGGAUUAAGGACGUUGGAAUCAGGAAUAAAGUAACAGUUAUAAUAGCUCGUUCAGAUAUCAAAACAGGCAAGCGAGGAAGAAGUGAUAAAUUAAUAUUUGGUUGUGAUAGAGGUGGAAAAUACAAAAAAACAGAUAGCGAAACCCAAAGUGCUAGUAAGAGAUGUGGUUGUCCUUUCAAAAUUAGGUCAACACCGUCGAAAGAUGGUUCUGGAUGGAAGAUCGAUGUAAAAUGCGGAGUACACAACCACGGGUUACCUGAUAGAUUUGAAGGUCAUGCUUUCGUAAGUCGACUAAAUACAGAUGAUAAACAACAUAUUGUUGAUUUGACAAAACGCCAUGUUCCACCAAGACACAUAUUAUUGUCAUUGCAAGAGCGUGACCCGGAGAAUGUCACUCGGAUCACGCAAAUAUACAAACAUAAGAGUAAGAUACAAAAAGACAUAAGGGGUCCUAGAACAGAAAUGCAACAAUUGCUCAAGUUGGUUGAAGAAUCAGGUUAUGUUUACUGGAGUAGGAAAAAGGAUGAGUCAGAAGUUGUGAGAGAUAUUUUUUGGGCACAUCCAGAAUCAGUGAAGUUGUUGAGUAUGUUUCCUAUUGUAUUGAUUAAAAAAACAUAUUAA